GCGCGCUGAGAUUUCGUAGCCGUGUCGCGCGCUUUCUCACUGAGCGAAACUUAAUUGAUAUGUACUCCCCGCGCUGUAAUCAAGCUCGCGCAGAGUUUAACACUUCGUAAGCCGAGUUCGCGGACCUGUUGGAUCACGUGACCGACUGACUCCGCCUCCUGGGGAAUUCCCCGAGAGCUCGUGGAGGUUUUCAUUGAGCCGGAAGCGGGAGAGUGUUUAGGGAAAAGCGGCUGAGGUAAAUCGGUGUGUGUGUGUGAGAGAGCGCGCGGAUUUCCAGCUGGAGAGGAGAUUUUCUCUUAAGCCCCGCCCUCCUGCGCGCGGAUUGGCUGUCUUUUCGAGCUUCUCAGCCCAGAGUGUGUGUGUGCGUGUCCGGCCCAGAUGGAGGUACUCGGAGAGGGAGAACCUACAGGCAGUCAGGAGUUUGCAGAGAUUUGGCAGCAGAUUCUUUCAAACCCUGACGACAGCCCAUGGGCAAACUAUCAGGACAUUCCUGAGGACCUGCCGGACGUAACUCUCCUGGAGGACGUGUUGGAGCCGCAGUCGUCCUCGUCUCCUCCCACCUCCACCGUCCCCGUCACCUCCGACUACCCCGGCCUCCACGACUUCACCCUGCACUUUCAGGAGUCCAGUACGGCCAAGUCCGUCACCUGCACAUACUCCCCAGAUCUGAAUAAGCUGUUCUGUCAGUUGGCGAAGACGUGUCCCGUGCUGAUGGCGGUAAGCUCCUCCCCCCCGCCGGGGUGCGUGCUCAGAGCCACCGCCGUGUACAAGAGAUCAGAACACGUGGCCGAGGUGGUGCGGCGCUGCCCUCACCACGAGAGGAGCAACGACAGCAACGAGGGUCCGGCUCCUCCCGGUCACCUGCUCCGUGUGGAAGGUAACACCCGGGCGCUUUAUCAGGAGGACAGGAACACACAGCGCCACAGUGUGGUGGUGCCCUACGAACCCCCUCAGGUGGGAUCCAGGUGCACCACUGUGCUGUAUAACUACAUGUGUAACAGCAGCUGUAUGGGGGGAAUGAACCGCCGGCCCAUCCUCACCAUCAUCACACUGGAAACACAGGAUGGUCAGCUGUUGGGUCGGCGUACAUUUGAGGUGCGUGUGUGUGCGUGUCCCGGGCGCGACAGGAAGACUGAAGAGAUCAACUUCAGGAAACUGCAGGAACCCAAAAACUCAGGAAAAACAGUUACCAAGCGCAGCUUGAAGGAUCCGCCCUCACACCCUGAGGCCAGUAAAAAGUCCAAGAGCAGCAGCAGUGAUGAUGAGAUUUACACACUGCAGGUGCGUGGCAGAGAGCGUUAUGAGUUCCUGAAGAGGAUUAAUGACGGUCUGGAGCUCAGUGAUCUGGUGCCCCCUGCUGACCAGGAGAAGUAUCGACAGAAACUUUUGUCUAAGACCUGCAAAAAGGAGAGAGACGGAGCUGCAGCCGAACCCAAACGAGGGAAGAAACGACUGGUGAAGGAGGAGAAGAGCGACUCGGACUGAGAGGGGGGGGGGGGGGAGUCAUUUAUUCAUCUUACUGUCUAGGGGGAAACUGCAUUUCUUUAUUCCUGUGUGUGUGUUGUGUGUGUGUGUGUGAGAGAGAUGUUGAGGUAGUUUUUUUUCUUUUUAUACACCUAACAUCUGUGUGUGUGUGUGUGUGUGUGUGUGAGAGAGAUGUUGAGGUAGUUUUUUUUCUUUUUAUACACCUAACAUCUGUGUGUGUGUGUGUGUGUGUGUGUGUGUGUGUGCGUGUGCACGCGCACAAUUGUUAAUGGUGCAUAGACUCUCUCUCAGGACACCUGAUCGUGUUUCUCAGUUUAGUUCCUGAUCAUGUUCCUCUGAUCUUUUCAUGUUCUUUCUUACCUACAGACGGUUUUAUACACACACUUUGUAGUUUAGAUGAAUUCUGUUCUUUUUCAGAAUAAAAAUAAAUGAAGAUAAA